AUGACGGUUCCUGAACGUAAUAAAGUUCUAAUGUUUGCCGUCACGAUGAUAUCGGUGUUCGGCAUGUCGUACUGUUGUUCUAGCGGCCUUAAUACCUGUUUCGGUGUGUAUAAGACAUUUUUUUUAUUAAAAUGUUAAAAGUGCUUACUAACUAUGAUAAUUUUCAUUUAUUCAAGUAUUGUAUUAACACUAAACAUAAUUAAUAUUAUAAAAACCGUUGAUUGUUAUAUUUAUUAUUAAAAUAAUCAAACGAUAGUUGUGCACAUAAUUUUUCUGCAUGUCUAAUAUAAGUACGUCAUAGAAUGUAAAAAAAUUAAUAAUUAAAGGUUUAUAUUUUAUCUUUUAUUUCAUUAAUAUUUUGAAAAUUUGUUUAAAUAUUUAUAAUUAAUUGUUAUUAGAACUGGCUUAUGUAUACGAAUCUCAAGAGGUUUAUGAAAAUAGAACUAGAAACAUACGUGAGUAAAUUGUCAGAUAUUACUUGUAUAUUUGAAGAUAUUGAUUUGGAAUGAUCUGGAAUGUAUUAUUCCGGAAUGUAAAUUUACAGAACGUAAUAUUCCGAAAAUGUAAGAAUUCCAGAAUUAAGUUAAAAACCUAUUUCCUAAAUUGUUCAGUUCAAGAACGUCGUUUCUUAUCUCGCGAAAAGAAGUGAUAGCUUUGAUACCUUUCAUAGUUCAUACUUAUGAAAACAUUGAUAUUUUUCCGAAAUAUUACGUUCCGGAAUUAUUGCGGUCCGGGAAAUUACAGUCCGGAUUAUUGCAUUCCGGAUUUGUAUAGCCCUCCAUAAUUAUUAUACGAGUGGAACACUAUGCACUUGUGUGGUGGUACGGUACGGCGUGUUGUGUUUGAAUAGUGUUCCACUACUAUAUCUCCCUACCUAAACUAAAAAAUGGAACAUAUUUGACGUUCUCAUCACAUAGUUCUCAUAAAAUGUGAAGUACGUUUGAAAUAGUUAGAAAAGUAGAAAAGGUAGAAAAGUUGUUCACCGAUAAAAAAUAAAGUAAAAUAAACAUUAUUGUAAAACCAAUAAAAAUUAUAAUUAAUCGAGUAUAAUUAUUUAUUUAGACAGAAAUUUUAAGAUAGACUCUGAAGACUUCGAAGAGAUAAAAAACCGUAAGUUGUUUCGAACACUGUAUAUUGAAUUUAAUUAAAAAACAGUUAUUAUUUACUAAAUAGUGUAUAAUAUAAUCAAUACUAACUAAACAUAGUAACAGAUAUAGAUCUGUAUAAAGUUAAAGAAAAAUUAUGGUUGAACAGUUUUAUAGUACCUACUUACUUUAUUGAUAAAGUAGUUCAAUGCAAAAUUUUAAACAAAUGGCUGAUAAAUAAUAUUAUACAGCAACGGUUUACAAUGUAAAUAUUAUUAACAUUGAGAGAGACUUAACAAAUAAAAUUGACCCCGAAGAAAUAUUGAACAAAUACGCUUCUACCGAUAAAAAAUUAUAUAUAAAUAGACUAACAUACUCUGCAGAAUAGGUGGGCCACUGUGGCACUGUUGUAGGCGAAAAGUAAGGAAGAUACUGAGGGAAAUCAAAUAUGUGUAUCUGUACGCAAAGAUUAAUCAUUGCUAAUCAAGAAUUAUUCUAUAUUAUUAAGUGGAGUUUAGUUAUGCAUGUUUUAAAAGGCCAUAAUAUUUACGGCCUGUUGAAAUUUUAUAAGUAUUCAAAUUCUUAUAAAAAGAAAUAUUACAUUAAAUUUAAACUUUUUCUUGUUGACCGAUAAGUACAACUUGUAAACCUCCUGUUUAAUUUUCAAUUAUUUCCGUUUGGUCUAAUAAUUUUAUUCACACAGUACUUACCGAAUACAAAUUACAUAAAAACUCGCAAAAUUAAGAAAUAAAAAGGCCUUUUCAUUUUUAAAAAAAUAAAUAUUUUACUCUUACACAGAGUAAAACAUGAGACAUAAUAUAAUAUGACUGCAUGUAAAUUAUUUUUAAAAAAAUACAAUAAAAUACAUAAUAGAUAGAUAAAACGUACAUCAUACACGUAGGUAUUCUACUAAAUUUAAAUAUUAUUGAUUUAACUAUUUUUGGUCAUUUGAUUAUUAGGUUAGUUAGGUUAAAUGCUGUAAGUUUAAGUAAUAUUUUUAUGUUGCUUUAACUUUGAGAAGAAUUCUGACUUGACCUCUGACCUUCUGACUGAAACCUUCUUGGGCAUAGUUAAACGAAAUUUUUUAUGGAAUUUUUAUGGAAAUGAUAUUUACAAAUUAUGAUUGUAUAUUUUCUUCAUCCAGAUCAUUGAUUUAUUUUCAAAAUAAAAAAUAGCGUCAUUACAGGAAUUACAUUUAAAAACUACAAUUUUGUAUAUGUCUUUAACUUAUUGUAUUCAAAUUUUAAAACUAUGGGAUUUUAUAAUAACUGGCUAUGUUUAAAAUAUAUACAAAGAGAUUUCAUUAAAUUUAAAAUGACCUAGACAUUCAGAUAAUAUUAUUAUAAUGGAGGGUCGACUUUGAUUUAAGAAAAUAACGGAUACUAGUGCAUACAAAUUCUAUUAUAAUUAUAGAAUUAUAAUAUAAAUAUCACUAAACAUUAGUUAUUAAAUUAUUACAAAUUAUUACUUACUUAUAAGUAUUAAUUUCGUUUCAUAUAAUUUGUAUUAAUUAAAAUGUAACGCAUUUUGAUUAUAGACUAUAAACAAUUGUUAAGUAAGUAA